CAGCACUAUCUAGGCCCAUAGUGAACCCCUCCCCCCUCCGCCUAAGAGCUGUCGGAGGUACUGAUGUACUUACUGCCUGCAGCAUCAUCCGAAGCGUUAGCGUAUCCUACCGCCCGAAUCACUCCCCUUGCAAGCCCCGCCCUUUUGCAUAGCACAUUCCAACCAACACUUCUCUAACGAGUAUUUGACGGGUCACUGCAAAGUCAUUGAUCUGUAUUCGAAACUGCCUUUCUGUCAUUUUCACGUGUCCGUGGUGUGCCGGUGAUCACCAUCUAUCGACACCGAGCAGUAGCCGCGACGAACCUCGUUCACCGGCUACAGCAGCGACCAGCAGCUGGACCUGGAACGUCUUCGAUUGGCGACAAGCGUGUUGCGUUUCCGGUUGGCGUGAAGUGAAGCGAAGCGCCGAGAUGAAUGGACUGUGCUGUUGUACACCAUGUAAGCCAAGAUAUCGUCGCUUGGUGGAUUCGAUCUACCCACGUUCAGUCACCGAUGGCCUCGUCUCCUCAAAUAUGCAGAAACUUACAUACUAUGCAUUUUCUCAUCCGGAGAAAUUGGAACGAAUUGGAGAGUACCUAGUAUUGCGCAUGAGCAGAGACCUUGGCCGAUUGCGUUUUGUACAAGUGAAAAUCGCCGUCGAAGCGAUGGACCAACUGUUGCAGUCAUGUCAUAGCUCACCCAGUUUGCCACAGUUCAGCGAAAAUCAUCUGAAGAUGGUACAGAAGCUGCUCGAAUCGAAUAAUCCAAAAAUGGAGCAACUAGCAACCGAUUCAUUUGUGACGUUCUCAAACAUCGAGGAAAGCAGCCCAUCCUAUCAUCGUCAGUAUGACUUCUUUAUCUCGAAGUUCUCGCAAAUGUGUCACUCGAAUCAUAGCGAAGACGCACGAAAGAUCCGAAUAGCCGGCUUGAAGGGACUGCGAGGAGUCGUUUGGAAAUCGGUGACUGAUGAUCUACAUCCGAAUAUCUGGGAGAAACAACAUAUGGAUAAAAUUGUUCCCUCAAUUUUAUUCAAUCUGCAAGAGCCAGAUACCGAGGAGCCAGCCAAGUCCACCAUGAUUUUCGAUGGUCCGUUUACCGAUGACCCAAACCGCGAAGAAAGUCCUCGAUCCCUGUCAGACCGCUGUCUACGUGAACUCAUGGGAAAGGCCUCGUUCGGCUCACUGCGAGCAGUGAUGGAACCAGUACUGAAACACAUGGAUCUACAUGCUCACUGGAAACCACCGCCUGUAUUUGCCAUACAUGUGUUUAGAGCAAUUAUCUACAGUAUCCAGAGUCAGAAUAGUUACUUUGUUAUUCAAGAGCUGAUUAAUCAUCUGGAUUCGAUGAGCAGUGCCGAUGCUGUGAUCAGAAUAGGAAUAGCAACAGUGCUGUCAAAUAUAGUAUCAAUUGCUGGAACUAGUAUAGGUCCAUUGCUGCUGUCGAUAUUCAACUCCUUGCUGAAACACUUGAGAACGUCUGUAGACUUCGAGCGAUCAGAAAAGUGCAAGGAUUCGGAAGCAGAGAAGAUGUAUCAGGAAGCGCUGAUCAAUGCCAUGGGCGAUUUUGCGAAUGCGUUGCCGGAUUACCAAAAAGUGGAAAUGAUGAUGUUCACCGUCGGCAAUAUCCCCAACCUCGACGAAAAGCGUGUGAAGCAAGGAGACGAAUUUUUGCAACAUGUGUUGGUCAAAACGUUGUUGAAGGUAGCGACAAAAUACCGAACCGCUUACCUGGCUACUGUUUUCACUGAUUCGUUUCUGCAUACUCUCAUCCAACUAGCCCUUGUCAAGGAUCCUCAAGUACGCCUUGGAACUCAGCAAAUAUUUCACACAUUGCUAGACAGACACGACAAUUUGUCGCAUCUGGCCCAUCUGCCCUACGUUCUUGACGUAUCCGAUGUACAACUGACCGUGGAGAAAUGUUCAAGAGCUGAUCAGAUGUUUAUGAGGAAACAUAUUCACGACAUGACGCAUAUGCUUUACCGAGCCGUAAUUCUUGUAGCAGAUGAUUCUUAUAUGCAGCAGCAUAUGGAUGCUAUUCAAUGCACAAUGAGUUUGCUAUGCAUAGAAGUAGGAUUUGAUGAGACCCUUAUCGAACUUUUCCGGCUAGCAUUUGCACUUCAACUGUUAGCACUAGACCCGUUGCAUCCAUUCACUGCAGACAAAAGGAUAGCUUUACAUAAUCUUGUGGCGAAGUAUAUGAACCUGGCAGCUCAACUAAUGGCGAAUCCUUCACUCUGUCAGCAUGUGCAACAAGUUGUUGCAUGCCGAGCUCAGCGUGGUCCGCCUGGCAUGAACCUUCUCUUGCACGAGGACCAGAUUCAGCUUGUCGGUGAAAAUGUUGAAGAAUCGGAAAGAGUGGAUCUGGGUUCACUUGACGAAGCUGAUGGCAUGCUUUUCGACAGAAACGACGUUGCCGAUUGUCUUAAGGCCGCCGGCAAGGACGUGACACGAUUGUCACUGCCGUUCACCAUCUCAUCAAGUAAGUCCGUCGAUCAGGCGGAAACGGAUGAAGCGGAUGGACGAUCUUCACCUCCCUUGCCGAUGGCUGGAAUUGACGAUGUAUCUGUGGAUCUGUCGGUAGACUGGACUCCACCCGGUAGCACGCGUCAAAGCCGUCGUGGUACAGUGUUCUCAUUAUCAACAUCAAACCUAAGACUAGGUGGAACAGGCUUACCGCUGACCGUCGCUGCUCUAAGGCAAUACGCUAAUUCACCACCGGAUCCAGCCGAAGAGGAGAGGAAGGAAAAGGAGUACACGGAACAAGUCCUGAGCUCAAUUCGUAAUCGUACCUUCGAAGACCAAGCAGACGAAUCUUGCGCUCGCCAUGAACAAGGCGAUCUAUCCCGUACAGUAUCGCGCCUUUUAGCUAGAAAUGCCGACUCUGUUCGCAUGGCGAACAUCGGACGGCCAGCAAAGCCGAAAAACAUCUUUGAAAUGGACCUGCCCUCAGCAUUCGCUUAUUAAUCACGUCUACAUAGUUCUUCUUCUACAAAAUUUACCUUUUCGGAAUAUUGUAUAUUGUUGCAUUUUAACUUUUUGCGUGAAAGGUAUGCCAAUUUUACACGUUUUCGUCUCGCGAUUUGUAUUAUGGCUAGCUUGUAAUGUUUUUUCGUUGACCUCCUGCUUCAGCUUUCCCCUUUUUGCAUUCCUCCCCUUGCUUCUGCCUCUGCGACCAUGUAACAUAGUUUUUUAUCGUUGUUGAAUUUGUGGUGUUCGAGGGCGCUCAUUAAUUACGGGAGCAUAAACUUACAACAUCUCACUUGUCAGUAUAUUUCACAUCGGAAAAUUUCUAGCUUUCUCUUCCUUAGAAUAAAGCACCUGAGUAA